AUGUCAAAAACAUUGUAUAUCUUUGAUUUUGAUGGUACAUUAUUUAAAUCACCAGAACCAAAUCCAUCAACAUGGAAUCCCUCAAUAAUUGGUAAAAUUAAGGGAAUGCCAGACGAAGGUGGUUUUGGUUGGUUUCAAGAUACAAUCACAUUAGACGAUCCAUACGUACCAACAAAACCAGAUAGAGAUAUUUGGUUUAAUAAAAAUGUUUUAGAUGAUGCUUUAAAUGCACUCAAACAUCCAAAUAAUGUAGUUUGUUUAUUAACAGGCAGAACUGUUUUAUAUGAAAAAAUUAUUGAUAGAAUUUUAGAAUCAGUAGAAUUAAAUUUUCAUCAUAAAGGAUUGAAACCAUUGAAUAUUGCAAAUUCUCAAAGGGAAACUACAUUUGAUUUUAAAAAGAGAUUCAUUUUGAAUUUAAUGCAUAAUACUUACAAGGAUGAAAUUAAGAGAGUAGUCGUAUAUGAAGAUAGAAUUAAUCAUGUAGAUUUAUUCAAAUCUUUUUUAGCUUCAUUACCAAGUUUAGAUUCAUAUAAAGUUAAACAUAUUGAAGAGGAAUCAAAAUAUUUAGAAUAUCAAACUGAAUUAGCAUUGGUUGAUUAUUUAGUUACAAAAAACACUUCUCCAAAAGCUGAGUUAAAAAAACACACAGAUUAUACUGGUUUGGUUUUAGAUAAUCAAUCAAUCAAUAAGAUUUUAUCUUUGGUUGAAAUUCCAAAAAAUUGGUUGUUAAAAGCUCAUCAUAUCACUUUAAAUUUAGGUCCAAUUAAUCAUAAGCUUUGGAAACCAAUUGAAAAAUCUUCAGAUUCAACUGAUGAAACAAAUGUUUUAAAUGAAAUUAAAAAUUUAUCAAUCUCUGAAUCUUCAACUAAAACAACAACAACAACAACAACAAUUGUUGUUGAUGAUGUUUCAACUCAAACAGCUUGUUCUUCAACCACCACAACUACAGCUUCAACAACUGUAUCAACUUCAACAUCAAAUGAUUUUGAAAAUAUUUAUAAGGUUGGAACAAAGUGGACAGCUAAAAUUGAAGCAAUUGGUUUCAGUCAAAAUGCUUUAGCCUUUAAGGUUCAAGGUAUUCCAACUGCUAAUGUAAUUCCUCAUUGUACAGUUGCAAUUCAUCCAAACGGUAAAGCAUCAGAUAGUAAUUCAAUUAGAAAUUGGUAUCCAAUUAAUACUUUGAAAUUGGGCGAAAGAGUUUGCUUAAACUCUUAUGAUGAAAGAGAACUAUCAAUCUAUAAAGAAUUAAUUGAAAAACAAGAUCAAGUUAAACUUGACUCACCUUCAAAAGGAAAUCUCUCCACUGGAAAAAACAAAAAAUCAAAGAGUGGAGCUGAUACUAAUAACACUUUAAAAGAACCAAGUGUUUGUUUUGUAACUUUACCAUUAGAUUUAUAUGAAACAAAUGGUUUAACUUUAAGCGGUGAAAUUGUAGAGUGUGGUAAAUUAUCAUAUGAAAUUCAAAAAGCACCAAAGAAAGAAAAGAUUCAACCAUAUCCAAUCAUUCAAAGAGUUGUACCUGAAUUAUCAAAAGCUGAAAUCUUAAAGAUUGUCCCAUUGGUUACUGAUUGGAUUAAUAAAUCAAAUACAACCGAAAUAUUAAAAAUUGAAAAAUAUAUUAAUGAUAAUUUUAAUGAUUUUAAAAAAUAA